AUGACUAGUAAAAAGAAGUUAGUCACAGCUCUUACAAGGCCUGUUGUAUUUACUGACUUCACUAGUGGACUCUGCCGAUUUUCAGCCACAGAAUGCCCAUUCGGGGCCAAAUGCAAAUUCAAUCAUGCCAACCCUGCCCAUUCAUCUCCACGGCAAGCUCGAGGCUUGAGAUUGGAGCCCCUGUCUACAUCGGAAGCCGAAUUGCGCGCUUGGCGACUCAGUAUUUCGGAUAAUCAUACCAUACCUCCAACCGUGGCAAAGCUUUCCAAGAUGUUCCAGCAAGCCUUGAAACUGAUUGGAUACGAUGCUGGGGUCAAGCAAGAGGUCAUCAGACAUUUUGUGACGGAGGCAGGCUUGCAACGCAUCCGACAGGCCGUGGAUCAGGAGUACUCACAUGGCGCCACUCGACCACCAGUGAAUACCGUCUUUGGCGACCAGAUACUUCCCUUCUUCAUGACAAUCACGCGACCAGAAAUCAUAGAGUCAGCGCUUCUGGAGCAGCAUGUGGGAACACUCUUCACAUAUAUCUACGGAAUCAACGGCCGACGAACUGCGAAACUUUACGGCCUUGUGCUUGAAGCGCUAGAAAGCUUUAUGAAGAGCCCAGAAGGCCAGCCUAUUGACAUUGAGACCUCAUUCACCGUAGCACUCAGCGUCUUAGCCAAGAUUGUUGAUGUGAAUACCCCGGCUCAAGUCAAUGAUGCACUACACCUCAUCAUUAAGAGUUUCGAAGAUCUCAUAAGUAAUCAUAUCAAGGAAACGAAACAAACGGAUCUCUUCGAUGCAGCAGCGCUACUUGGUCGUAUACAGCAUUGCCUUGGACUUGGGUCAAAUCUACCUGCCGCCACAGUGACCCAACGAUUGCAAAUCAAAAAAGCCACAUUCGUGAUGAAGAGAUCCGGUCCUGGUGGUCGACACAGCAAUGAUUUCAAGGACAUGACUCAGAUCAACAUAAUGCCUACGUAUGAUGAGAUCAUGAGUGCUCGGGCAGAGUAUCUUCCUCUUGUAGAUCUUGCACAAAACCACCAGCAAGGCUUGGAUGGCCUUCUCGACCGACACUUCCGGCUCCUCCGAGAGGACACUGUUGGCCAGCUCAGAGAUGCCGUAAAGGUUGGCCUAGAGGGGCUUCAGCAAGGUCGUCCGGCUAAUGGUCAUUCAAGAAAUGGAGCGCGAACGUACACAUAUCAGAAUGUGCAAGUCAACGCACUACUCCCAGAUGACCGGGCAGGCUUCAAGUUUGAGGUCUCUUUUGAUCAGCCAGCCCGCUCUACUAGCUCGAAGAUUCAAAACUCCUCGGCCAAGAGGAAAGAAUGGUGGUUACAGUCAAAGCGACUGGAACCAGAUGCACUUGUCUGCCUCUUUGAUUCGCAGGAAAACAUUCUCUUUUGUACCGUCGGCCAGCUGAGCAAACAACAUGGUGGGAAAAAGGGCCCCAAACUACGCAGUGACAAGCAAAAAGACAAGAUAGCCGAGGAAAAUUUCAAGAAACUUUACGGCUCUCCUCAAAGAGCUGCAGUCUCUCUCAUCUUAGAGGACGCGACGAAUGAAAACAUCGGGAAGCUUAUCGACCUAAGCAAGCGACCGUCUAAGCAGUCACGAGUUUGCCUUGUGGAAUUUCCUGGCGUAUUGCUUCCGGCUUUCAAACCCACCCUACUUGCUUUGCAACAAAUGAAGAAGAGUGGCAAUAUUGCUCUCAUCCAGCUCCUCGUACCCGUAGCGAGAGGAAACGACGAGACAGUAGCGACUGUUCCGCCUCCCGCUUACGCCUCGAAAACCAGCUUUCGUUUCAACCUGUCAUGUCUGAUGAGAACCAAAGCAGAUCUUUUCUUCACAGUCAAUCGACCUUUUGAUAUCAAGGUCCUCCAAGAUGGCUCGCAGCUUGACGAUGCACAGGCUACGGCGCUUAUUGAUGCACUAUCCAGGAGUCUUGCUCUCAUUCAGGGUCCACCUGGAACUGGAAAGUCCUUUGUUGGAGUGGCAUUGAUCAAAGUCUUGCUGGCCAACAAGAGGCAUGCAACAAGACUGCCUGCCGGCGCUGGUAUUGGGCCAAUCAUUGUUGUCUGCUACACUAACCAUGCCUUGGACCAGCUACUCGAACAUCUCCAUAAUGCUGGUAUUGAGCAGAUCAUUCGAAUGGGUGGACAGUCCAAAUCAGAGAUCCUGGAGGAGUGUCUUCUGCGAAAUGUUGUCAAGAAAGACUCUAGGACGAAGCAUGAGAAUUACUCCCUCGCUAUGCUACACAAAGAACAGGAAGACAAUGACCGGAAGGAGUUCAGUGUGUUGGAACAGAUCAAUCGUGCUGACUCGCCCACCGCUUUGAAGGACUUCCUGAAGCUCCGCUGGCCUCAACAUCAUGCCGAGCUCUUCGGUCGGCCUGACGAUGAGUGGCAGACGGUGAGAUCCAAGGAUUCCCAAAAGACUAUCCGCGAUUGGCUCUCUGGUGGACCCUCCGGUGGCAACACAAAACGAGGGGUCAAAGUUCUCCAUAACACUCGCCUCGCCGUCAUGUCAAAGCAAGAGCGCUACAGUUUGUUUCACGCCUGGGAAACCAGCCUCCGCAAAGAACUUCACCAACGACUUUCAAAGGCAGUCAGUGCGCAUAGAUCGAUCAAAGAACGGUUUGAAGCUAUCACUGAGGAGUCCAACUUGCGCUGCCUUCGUACCGCCAACGUGAUCGGUCUGACAACUUCUGGCCUGGCAAAGAACUUAGGCAUGCUUCGCAAGCUGAACCCGCGAAUUUUGGUUUGUGAGGAAGCUGGGGAAGUUUUAGAAGCCCAUUUGCUUACGACAUUUUUACCAUCUAUUCAGCAUGCUAUCUUGAUAGGAGAUCACCAGCAACUCCGCCCACAAAUCCAAAAUCACGACUUGUCCUCAGCCAACCAACGUGGAAAACAGUACUCUCUUGAUAUAUCCCUUUUCGAGAGACUUGUUGAACCAUCUUCGGGUAUACAACCUCUUCCAUACAAUACCUUGGAGACACAGCGUCGAAUGCACCCUUCAAUUUCACGUCUAAUCCGCGCGACACUCUAUCCAGCGCUCAAGGAUGCCAGUACUGUGGAAAGUUAUCCGGAAGUGAUCGGAAUGAAAAAGCGCCUCUUCUGGCUCGACCACAUGGAACUAGAAGCCCCUAGACAAUCCGAAUUCGAUACGACAUCGCACUGGAACCCCUUCGAGGUGGAGAUGACGGCGGCUUUAGUUUCACACCUUGUGAGCCAAGGAUCGUAUCAACCGGAUGAAAUAGCUGUUCUCACUCCGUAUUUGGGCCAACUGCAGCAUCUCCGUGCUGCCUUGAGCAAAGUCGUUGCCAUAGUUUUAGGCGAACGCGAUUUGGAAGAUCUCGAGACCGCCGGGAUUGAAACGUUGGACGCUGUCAAGCCACCGAUGGCUGCGCCGCAGGCCAUCAACAAGACAACUCUACUGAAGGCUUUGAGGAUAGCAACAAUCGACAAUUUUCAAGGCGAAGAGGCCAAGGUCAUCGUAAUCAGUCUUGUCCGAAGCAAUCCGCAAAACAAGUGCGGCUUCCUUAACGCCUCAAACAGGAUCAACGUUACGCUCAGCCGCGCGCAACAUGGCAUGUACAUUGUAGGCAAUUCCCGCACCGCCAGCUUUGGUGUCCAAAUGUGGGCAGACGUUGUGGCCAUGCUCACAGCCGACGGCAACAUUGGCACAAGCCUUGACCUGCAAUGCCCACGUCACCCCGAAACUCCAAUAUCUGUGACGGUGGCGGACGAUUUCUCAAAGGUCUCGCCUGAAGGCGGUUGCAGCCUGAAGUGCGUCGAUCAACUCGAUUGCGGACACGCGUGCCCUGCCAAAUGCCAUGCACAAGUCCUCCAUAAAGCUGUCCACUGUUUGAAACCAUGUCCACGUCCAUUGAAAGGCUGCGAUCACCCAUGUCCGGGCUAUUGUGGCGAUGCUUGCCCAAUAAAGUGUCAAGUGAUGGUGCGGGAUGCGAGUCGCAUUCUGCCAUGUGGUCACCAAAUCGAGACUCUCCCGUGUUGGCAAUCACAGGAUCUGAACUUGGUGAAUUGCAUGGUUCAGAUGCAACGAACAGUCCCCGGAUGCGAGCAUGUAGUCACGAUGCCCUGCUAUGUGGAUGAGUCUAGCGACCAGUACGCUUGCAAUGUCCCAUGUGGCGCUCAUCUGCCCUGUGGACAUUCUUGCAGGAACACAUGCAAGGCAUGCACCGCUCGCAGUCUCGAUGGCACUGCUACAGUCUUCGAUACUAGACAUGUAGCUUGCAAGCAGGUGUGUGACCGAUCCUACACCAAUUGCGCCCACAGCUGCCGCGGAGCUUGUCAUGGCAUCGAGCCUUGCGCUCCAUGUACCGCGCCUUGCGAAAAUUCAUGUUCGCACUCCAGAUGCGGGAAGUUAUGCUCAGAACCAUGUCGGCCAUGUGCUGAAGAGCGCUGCGCUUCGGGAUGUCCCCAUUCAAAAUGUAGCAUGCCGUGCUCGGCACCUUGCAAUCACAUCCCAUGCGACAAGCGUUGUAGCGAAGUGCUGUUGUGUGGCCAUCAAUGUCCAUCCAUAUGCGGAGAGCCAUGUCCAUUACCUAAAUAUUGCCAAACCUGCGCAGAAGAUGACAUCAAGGGGGUAAUGGUCGACUUCAUCGAAGGCUUGACAUAUGCAGAAACUGAUCUUGAUCAAACUCCAUGCAUAUUUCCACCUUGCGGGCACUUUCUCAACGUAGACAGCUCGGACGGUUUAAUGUCCAUGGGUGAUUACUAUGCCAUGAAUGCCGAAGGGAGAAUCACCAGCCUCAAAUCAGCCGCCUCGGUGCCAUUUUCUAUCAAGGAGGUGAAGCGCUGUCCUACCUGUCGCGGGUCCUUGCGAAGCAUCACUCGCUAUGGACGCCUCAUUCGCAGGGCUAUGAUCGACGAAGCCACAAAGCGAUUUAUUGUCUGGGCACAGUCACAGUACAUUCCCCUUGUCCAGAGACUUCACCUGGAACAGGAUGCUCUCGCCAAAAUGGACUCUAAAUUACCGGCAGUGAACUCUGUAGCCAACACUCUGGUCCUCAAAGGCAGUUCAGAGGAACAGAUGCAAGUCCUUCGAAAGGAAUCUUGCACUCGAUACAAGUCCUUCUUACGGUUACGCGCGGACGUCUAUACCUACCGACACAAUGUUGACGUGGAAGAACAGCCAUUCAAGCGCGUCCUCAUGCUGGUCCAAAAUGCUCGCCGCCGUCAAGGCACGAAAGGCGAAUGCGAUUCCGACGACAGCUUAGUGCAAACUAGAGCUAGCCUGCUAGCUUUGACAUUGCUGCUGCGUUGCGAGCUUGUCAUCAUGGCUGAUUUCAUUCGCUGCCGUCUUUCACAUGCCGGAUUCCAGAAGGGAGAUAUCAACGUUGACUUCUCUAAAAACAGGGAGUUGUGCCAGAAAUUGGUCGUAGAAUCGGCCAAUUCUUCGAAUCGUCUCCAAGAAGCGGAGGGCCACAUCUUCUUUGCCCACUAUGCCGCGCUGGAACGCCAAUGUAUAUCGUCCCAAGGUGGCACGCAGCUACUGGCAGAAGGACAGUCACACAUCGAAUCGGCCAAGAAGUUGAAGGAUCUGCACAGGACGCAGACAAUCGCUGUGCACGACGAAAUUGAAGCGGUAGCGCGCAUGCUGCGCGAUGGCACCUUCUACGAGCCGGUGACGAAUGCGGAGAUGCGGGCCGUUCUUGCGGCUAUGGCGACGGAGUUUUCAGGAACAGGCCACUGGUACUACUGUUCCAAUAACCACCCGUUCACGAUCGGAGAGUGCGGUAUGCCGAUGGAAGAGGCUCGAUGUCCACAAUGCGGAGCACAGAUAGGAGGACGGGGCCACGUAGCUGUGGAAGGCGUAACACAUGCGACUGAUCUCGAGCAGCAGUUUGGGCGUUUGGCUGUGUAGAGUUUGGAUUACGAGUUUAUGCUACAUCAAGGCUUCAUUUAUACCAUGUGGCCGGAAGAUUGUGAUGUUACCAUUCGAUCGCAAGGCCAAGGUCUAGUAUGAGCGAUCGCUGGGAGUAGGCCGGAUUAGCAAACACCAUUCUGGCACCGCUCUAGUACGCUCAAUACGAAAAGCGAAAGCGCCAUCAGAGUUCCUGU